AUUGCCUUCAAAGAUGAAAGAUAUCGCCGAAGCUACGGAUAGACUCCCAGAUGAAUGGACGCAGUCCAGUCUACUGUAUACGAGUUACCAUACCCACUUGAUGCCUCCAUGAUUCCGUUACCCUGGUUCUUCCCCAUACCUUGUCCAUUAUUUUCGAACCUCCCUCGUGUCGUGCCUUGUUAUUACAUCACACAUCACGACUUUCAAUUGACUCGUUUCUACCCUUCUGACGUCUUUCGCUUUUGCAUACGCCAAUGUAGCAUUGCAUGGCUCGCCUACAAUGGCUGGGCUACAGCCAAACGUCUAUGCCGCCGUGUUCAUUACCAUGCCAGCAGCGAUCGUGGCGCUGGUCCUACGUCUCUUAUCACGGCGGAUGAUCAAGAUGAAGUACUGGUUCGAUGACUGGUUUUGCGUGAUCGCAUAUAUUUUCGCUCUUGCUUAUUGUAUAGACGUUGUUUAUUGGACCGCGAAUUACAGUCUCGGUCAAACGCUUCCUCCCCCGGGUGACCCUUCCGCCGAUCAUAUUCGCGAGAUAUCGCGACUGUGUCUGUGGCUCGAGGAGGUGUUCUACACGAUCUCGCUCGCCUUUUCGAAGCUCUCCAUUCUCUCAUUCUACUGGCGGAUAUUCCAACAUACCUCCAUCCGAAUACCUAUACAAAUAAUCUACGUCGCCGUCGUGAUAUGGGCAUUGGUCAAAUGGUUCCUCACCAUAUUCCAAUGUGUUCCCAUACGUUUUAUCUGGGACAAGGAUAUACAUGGGCAUUGCACGAUCAACGUGUCCAACUUCUUCUUCAGCACGGUGCUUUGCCACUGCAUAUUGGACAUAUUGAUACUUUUGCUGCCAGUAUUCCCGGUCGCGAAGAUGCACCUCUCGUUGAGCAAGAAGCUUGCGGUCACGACCAUCUUCCAUUCAGGGGUCAUCGUAUGUGUGGCCUCAGUAUUCGUCCUCAUCGAGUCAUGGAAAUACAACCAAGAAACCGUGCAACUGCCCCACGACAGCGCCCUCUUCACCGCCUGGGGCGCCGUGGAAGUAAACAUGGCCGUCUUCGCAGGUUGUCUACCGACGCUGAAGCCCAUAUUCCGCAAGGCGUUCCCGACUGUGGGGGGCCUCUCGACCGAGCACACGAGAAGUCGCGACGGCCGGCAGACGACGCCGCCACGCAUGUGGCGGUUCAGGCGGUCGGAUAAGAAGAAGAAUGAUACAGAGUCGAAUACAGUGACGGGGCCUGUUCAUCUCGAGAAUGUCGCUUCGCACGAGCUUCAGCACGCUGGCUCGAGACCGCCUCGAGACCCGCUGGAUGAUUUGAGUUUGUACAUAUCGGAUGUAGAGUCGCAGGGGGAGGAGGUUUCGGAAAUACCAGAUAAUUCUCCUCCUCAGCGUUAGGAGCGUUGUUGUAGGAUAGACAGG